AUUGCUGUUACAGUGGCAGGUCUGGCGGGUAAAGAGCCGGUGCAGUGCAGUCGUGAUGUCAUGAUAUGCCCAGAUUCAAGCCUAGAGGACGCCCGCAAACAGGGUCCGUAUGAUGUGGUACUUCUGCCUGGAGGUUUGCUUGGAGCUCAAAACCUUUCUGAGUCUCCCGCUGUGAAAGAGGUGUUGAAGGACCAGGAGGGCAGGAAGGGUCUGAUCGCUGCAAUCUGUGCAGGUAAUCUUCAUAUCGUGACCUCUGUGCACACAUUAACCUUUCCCUGGAUGAACAGCAUUUAUUUCAACUCUUUCAGCGCUUCUCCAUUAGGCAAAAUGUCAGCAAAGAGAAGCCAUAUAUUACCUUUUUCCUCCAGUAUGAAUUUCCCAGAGGGCCUUUGGUAAUUUUUUCCCCCAGCGGGCCUUU